AUGGAGGACACCGGCGCAGCGAGCCGCGGGCGGGCAGCGCAGCCGCCACGGGAGGGGCGGGGAGGGCGAUGGGGCGGCGGCAGGCGGCGCGGGACGGGCCGCAGGAGGGCGGCGCAGGGCCGGCCCUGCGGCGGGCCUUCGCCGGCGCUGCCCAAUGGUCCCACUUCUCCGUCAAAGAACCAAGUAGCGGUGAAGUCGGACCAGUCGGCGUGCCCGCCACAGAGGCAGGACAGGGUUUGCGUCGUCGUUCCCAAGUAUGAUUUCAAGCACGGCAUGAAGACCUUGCUUUGGGCGCUGCUGAACGUGGCCAAGAACGGUGAAAGGCUUUUCAUCGUCCAUGUCCAUCGCGGCAAGCGUAUUAGCCCCAAGGGGGUAGAGGAGAAACUAGGUGAUUAUGUGUCCAUGUGCAACGCAAGCAAGGUGAUCUGUGACCUAAAAAUUAUUGAGAAUGGUCAUGUUGCCAAAGCGCUUGCGGAGUUUAUUGACCGUGAAGGUAUCACCAAGCUUGUCAUGCCAGGAGCAGCAGACAAACGUUACUCAGAGGAAAUGAAAUCACCGGAGUUCAAGCCGGCGAUCAAACUGAUGAAGUCAGCACCCUUAACGUGCAAUAUAUGGUUUACUUGUAACGGGCAACUUAUAUGCACCAGGAAAGCAAAUGCAACUGUUCCUGCCAUACAACCACCACCCGUGGAUUCUCAUGCUCUUAAAAUGGAGCCAGUAGCAGCUGUUACUGAAGCCGGAGGCCUGUACGAGAAGAAUGAUCAACAAAAUGCAAAGACAUUGCCUAUUGAAACAGUGAACACUGAGUUCUCCGAAGAUGAAAUUGAAAAAUCAAUCAAUUGCCUGGAUAACAGACUUAUCGGUAAGGGUGGAUCAGGAAACGUCUACAAAGGUCGCCUACGCAACACAGAUGUAGCUAUAAAGAAGCUGCAUCGGGAGAGCAUGCAAGAGGAGUCUGACUUCAGCCGAAAGGUUGCUGUCCUUGGUCGUGUGCGGCAUCCAAACCUUGUUACACUGAUUGGCGUGUGCAGGGAGGUAUUCGGCCUGGUGUACGAGUUCCUCCCCAACGGCAGCCUCCAGGACCGGCUCGAGUGCAGAAACAGAAUGGCACAACUGAAAUGGCAGGUGCGCACCAAGAUCAUGCGCGAGGUUUGCACGGUUCUGACUUUCCUCCACUCGAACAAACCGCAGCCGGUAGUGCACGGAAACCUGAAGCCCUCCAAUGUCCUCCUGGACUCCAACUUGGCGUGCAAGGUGGAGGCCUUCGGCAUAUCCCAAUCCAACGGCAUCGGCAAGCCCACCACGCAAGAUGACGUGCAUUCGUUUGGAAUCAUCGUCCUGCAGCUGCUGACGGGGUUGCCCCCGGAGGACGUCGCCAAGGUGGUCGAGGACGCGAUGGAAAAAGAGGAGUUGCACACCGUCCUCGAUCCCACUGCAGGGAACUGGCCGAUCGCGCUGGCCAAACAGCUAGCGGACGUCGGCCUACGGUGCGUCAAGAUGAGCCGGGAGGAGCGCCCUGACCUCGUGGGGGACGUGUGGAAGGAGUUGGAGUCUCAUAAGAAUAAUGCCGGUAUCCUUACCAGCGGGCAGGAUGACGACGGCCCGCCAAACUACUUCAUAUGCCCUAUCACUAGGGAUGUAAUGGAGAACCCUCACUUCGCCGCCGAUGGGCACACGUACGAGCUCGAGGCGAUCCAGCAGUGGAUCCACGGUGACCACGGCAUGUCGUCCGACAGGAGCGUCAGGUCCCCGAUGACGAACCUGAAGCUCGAGCACUUCGAGUUGACCCCGAAUUUGGCACUCAGCUCGGAGAUCAGGGAGUGGAAAGAGAAGCUGCAGCAGAAGCAGGUGCGUAGCUUGGUCUGUGACCCACAUCCUGUUCCUGUCCAAAAUAGCGAUGUGCACACAAUUAUUAUUACUCCAGAAGAAGAAGAAGCCCAGUCACAACUACCCAUAGGCCUGCAUCCCCAAGUAUCAAGCAGCCCGCCCACCACCGUGAUCCCGUCGUUGACCGACGACGCGGGCUCCAGCUCACUCACACAAUCCCCUAACACGGCACUUCCCCCAGCGUCCAGCAGCCCGCCCACAACCCUGAUCCCGUCUACCGCCGAUGCCCGCUCCGGCCGCUCGACAGCACCCGCACCUCUCAAUACUUCUGCUGCAGCUCGCUCGCACAGGCUCAAUCCACUGCCAGCAAACCCUAGCGCAGCAGCGCCACCAUCACCACGGCCGGUCAGCCCCUCCUCCACUGACUUCUUGCCUCCACCCACUGGAAUCCGUCGACGCCGCGUCAAUGGCCGUCUGCCGUCGUCGUCAAUGGAGCCAGACGUGCCAGCUGGACCAGGAGAGACUAGCAGAAUCCGAGGGAAAUUCAAACAUGAGUAA